UGCGCAGCCACUAGUGUUUAGCUGCCUGCCGUCGGUUGAGUGCAGUAGCCAUAUUUGUUGAUGUGUCACCUCAACAGGCGCUAACAUUAGGACGGUGGACCCGCUGUGUUGUGACUACUUUUAUAACAGUCGUGCUGAAUGGACCUUACAUAAAGGGUGUGGUGUUUUAGGAGAGCAUGGAGCAGUGUGACUGUCAGGGAGAGCAGCACCCCACUCCAGAUCAUCACAGCACAGACGUCUCUACAGCAUGCACAGGGACAUCGCAAGCCAUCAGUGAUGGUCCUGAACAUGAACUAAAAGGUGUCCAGGAGGAUGGUGUACAAGAAGCUGAACAGGACAGUGUGUUAGACAGCAUUCAGUCUGAUGGUGCUGAAAGGGUGGAACUGAGGCUGGACCUUCCCACACCAGACCAAGAACAAACAAAUUCAGAGGACAGACAAGGGGAUGGCAACAGCAGCUGUGACAGCGGGACCUCCUCUAUAGAUGAUAGCAGGACUCCUCCAGCUAUUCCUAAUGGACCUGUAGAAAUAGUGCCUGCUGUUUUGGAUGGGAUAGAAGAAGAUAUGCUUCCUUCCAGUCAUCCUGUAGACCAAGAAGUGACCUCUUCUUGUGUUCCAGAAGAUGCAAGAGAAUCCUGUGAGUCAAACAGCAUGCCUUCACAUGAAGUAAAUCCAUCAGGGAAUGCUGCCAAGCCUCAAAGUCUAAGCAGUCAAAGUGGCAAAGUGACAAACUCAGUAGUUUCACCACAGCAUGAGGCUAAUCAUUUAAACUCAGUGUCCAGUGCUAACCUGUACGAUACAGACUGUAGCAGGAAGCUAAUGUCUGAGAUCCAGCGCUCGGUAUCUCAGGAGUCUCUAUUGGAUGAACUGGAGUCAGAGCUGCUGAACUGCCAGGUACGUGAGAGCCUACCGAACGGUCUGCCCAAGGAUCCAGACUCCAUGGUUGUGUUUGAGAAGUGUGUCCAGCUCAAAUACGCGCAACAGGAAACGGCCAUCAAGAGGUUGUUGGAUGAGAAUAAGAAACAUCAGGAGCUGAUUCUGGGCAUCUGCUCUGAGAAAGACAGCAUGAGGGAGGAGCUAAAGAGGAGGAUGGAAACAGAGAAACAACAUCUUUGCACUAUUAAGAAGUUUGAGAGUAGGGUGGAGCAACUAUUGAAGGAUCUAAAAGAAUCCAAGGACAAACUGGUUCACCAGGACCAGGCGGCUAAAAACACCAUUCAGCAGAUGCAGAGGGAGAUGUCCUACCGCCUUGAGCAGGCUGGUAAGAAGUGUGAGGAAGCACGGCAGGAGAAGGAGGCCAUGGUUAUGAAGUAUGUUCGAGGGGAAAAAGAGGCACUGGACCUACGUAGGGAAAAGGAGCAAUUGGAGAGAAAGCUCAGAGAGGCAACUUCAGAGGUGGACAAACAGGCCCGGAGGGGGAACCAGCUAGCGCAGGAGAAAGGACGGCUUCAGCAGCUACAUGAAGCCAAAGAGAAUGAGAUAUGUAGGUUGUCUCGCGAACUGGAAAAGCUCAAGGAUGAGAUCAACUCUCAUAUCAUCAAAGUGAAAUGGGCCCAAAACAAAUUAAAGAGUGAGACAGAUGCUCAUAAGGAUACAAAAGAUAAGUUAAAAGAAACGACCGCUAAGCUGACCCAGGCAAAAGAGGAGACCGAACAGAUCCGCAAGAAUUGCCAAGACAUGAUUCGAACAUAUCAGGAGUCAGAGGAAAUUAAGUCUAAUGAAUUAGACGUAAAGCUGCGGGAGACAAAGGGUGAGCUGGAGAAGCACAAGCAGGAACAGACAGAUCAGCUGGAGAUGCAUCGAGCCAAGAUUAAGGAGCUGGAGGAUCUAAAGAGGAGCUUCAAAGAAGGAAUGGACGAGCUUACCACUCUCAGAACCAAGGUAAAAUGUCUGGAGGAUGAAAGGCCUCGCUGGGAAGAUGAGCUGUGUAAAUACAGGGAGAUCAUUAACAGACAGAAGUCUGAGAUCCAGAACCAGCGAGAGAAGCUGGGGGACAUUCAGAGAUUAGAAGAGCAGCAUCAGAGAGAUGAGCAGGAGAUAAUGUCUUUGAAGGAGGAGGUAGAGAGUCUGAACUUACUGUUUGCAGACCUACACAAAGAUGUUCAGGGGGGCCGAGUGCGUGAGGCUGAGCUCCUGUCCUUCACAGAGAAAUUGACGAGUAAGAAUGCUCAGCUGCAGUCUGAGAGCAAUGGCCUGCAGACUCAGCUGGACUGCAUGAACACUAGCUCCAGGGAGCUGAAGAACAGACUGGAGGAGACCGAGAGGGCUCUGGCAGAUAUGACAAUGAGGCUGAAGAGAGAGGAACAGCGAAUGCACGAUGAAGUCCAGGCUCUUCAGACAGAGCGAGCUGCAUUGCAAACAGAGAUCGCUCAGCUGAAGAUGAGAGUGGAGGAGCUAAGAGAUGAGCUGGUUACACAGAAAAGGAAGCAAGCAGCCAACAUCAAGGAUCUGACGAAGCAGCUCACACAAGCACGUAAGAAGCUGGACCAGGUGGAGAAUGGGGGAUGUGAUCGUGAGGGCAGCAGCAUGGGAAGUCGCUCCAGUUCCUCAGGCUCUCUUAAUGCUCGAGGCAGCAGCAUGGACGAUCGUUCCCCGGAGAACCAAUCAGGUUCAUCUGUGGUGGUCGUGGACAGCUUUCCAGAGGUGGACAAGGCCGUGUUGGUGGAACGCAUCGUACGGCUGCAGAAAGCCCAUGCACGCAAAAAUGAGAAAAUUGAAUUCUUGGAGGACCACAUAAAGCAGCUUGUGGAGGAGAUCAGGAAAAAGACAAAAAUUAUACAAAGCUACGUUCUGAGGGAGGAGUCUGGAGCGCUCUCAUCCGAGGCAUCAGAUUUUAACAAAGCGCACCUUAGUAAGAGAGGGGGCAUUAUGGCCUCUCUGUACACAUCACAUCCUGCUGACACUGGACUCACUCUGGACCUCUCGCUGGAGAUCAACAGGAAGCUCCAGGCAGUGCUGGAGGACACGCUGCUCAAAAACAUCACGCUGAAGGAGAAUCUCCAGACCUUGGGUUCAGAGAUUGAGAGAUUGAUUCAGCAACAGCGACCGGUUGAACCCGGCAUCAGGAGAAAAUGACCGUAGAUCUCUCAGCGGAGUCGCUACAGGACAUGACAAAUGUGCAGGUUUACAAGCAUUCAGGUGCUCUGAAGGGCCAGAGUUUGUAGUUUAACCCAGGAGAGGCUGUCAGAAAAGAAACACACACAUAGUCAUGCUCCCAUUCUGUGGCAAGCUGGCGCAAGGAGAAAGGCCUACCACAAAGCAAGUGACCUCUUGGAGAUUUCUCCACCUGCUUGGUGUCAGACUGUAAUGCAUCAUCACUCACCUGUCAGGUGAACGUUUCUUCUGUACCUGCUCUCUAAAGUCCAUAAAAGAAUCGUACCUUUUCAACCCAGUGAUUUGUAAAUGUCUGAAAACCGGAUAAUGAAUUAAUUAAUGAUUGAGCACACACGUAUUCAAUGAAGGUACUUCCACUUUCCUCUAAAGAGUUUGACCCUAAUAAUUGAGAAAAAGAGGCUUCAGUGGGUAAUGGUGCAUUUUCGAAACAGGACAUUUUCAGAUUUGCUCAGAAUCAUUAUCUUGCUGCAUAAAGGACACUUCUUCUUUUUCUGGCCCAUUAUGCUUUUGUGCCAAUUAGUGAAUGUGUGUAAAGUGCAGACACUAAUGCAUACUCCCACAUGGUAGCUUGAGAAAGGGGAGCUUUUUUUUUUUUUUUUUUUUGCGCCACAAGGUUUUCUUUCAGUGAAGCACUUAAAAAAGACCAGUUAUUACACUGCAUGCACUUUUCCAUUAUUAGGUGUCUCGAUACAGCAUAAAGCAGAUUAAUCUCAACUAGAUUUGGGGUAAUUUUGAUACAAUUAUUGGUCUUUAAUAAGCUUUUUAUUUUUUUCUGGUCUAAAUUAAGUUCUUAUUAAAUCAAUGUUAUAUUUUAUUUGUCUUGCUUAUUGAGAGAAAUUCUGUCUGCCUUUUGUUGUCUGAAAAACUGUCAGUUAUUAUAUUUUCACUGUCCUUCUCCCUCUCGCUGUUUGUGUUUCUUUUCGUUAAGCUGUCGGGAGGUUUAAUUAAAGAGUAGUUUAUAGGGAUCAGUGGGGGGAAAUUUAUAUGAGUAUAUUGAGGAAAUAAGUGCAAUUCUGUUUUUCCUUUACUCCAUUGCAGAAAAGGGGGGGUUUGUCCCUAAAACAGGUCUGAGCUGUGAUCCCCACAGCAACUGUCCCAUUUAAGGUGCUAAAAAGAAUGAAUUUGUGACGGCAAAUUCCAUUGGUGGAUUGAAGCCAGACUGUAUGUUUUCUACAAGCUCUAUUCGGACUGCCUGGGGAGUUGCUGGCCUAGAGAUCUCUGCUCCGCAUAUUUAAGAGUUAGAAAGAAAUGUGUCAUUAGCUGCUGCUCAUAGACUCCUAUUGUCUUUAUUCUUCCCUUACGGAAGGUAAAUAGUGAAGGAUUAUUGUGGAUGUGGCAGUAUGUACAGGGACCAUGCCGUUACCUGCAAGCCUUUUCCACGUAUUAAGACCAGACAUAUGAAUUGUAAACUUUUGCCCCUAAACUGCAAAGAGGGAUUAAUAACCAUGUACCACAACAGAACUUGAGGCCAAUGCUGGGAUCUUCACCUUUCCUCUCCACACUCCAUCAUCCUAAAAACACCAGAGGCAUUCCUUACAAACAAAGAAAGAGGAAAAUAUUGUGCAAUGUGAAAAAGCUUCGGAGGUUGAACUCCAGGAUAAACACUGUCAAUUACUGUUUAAGUAUCUGUAUUAUAAUUUAUUAAAUCUCCCUGUUAAAUUCUCUUUAACUAUGAAAUGACCAGAAUUAUCUUUUGAAGUAUGAGUCUAUGUGAAUGUGAUCAAAACUGAUGAAGUGGGGAAAUGCUGUUGAAUCUCUCGCUGAAUUGUCAUCUGUGCUCCGUUCAGUUACCAUAGUCAGACUGUGAUUAUACAAACUUGUAGAUAUGAUGUGAUGUACAUUGUUUUUAAAGAUACCAAACUGGAUUCCUUUCUGUAAAUAUGCUGCUUACAAGGAAUAAAAAAAAAGAAGAAAAUUGA